CACUCCCCCAUUUUAAACACGCGCGCGCGCACACACACACUCUCUCUGUCACUCUCUAAAAUUAUACAUACAAAAGUAAUAAAGCAGGACUUUGGGGGGAGAGAGAGGGAGAGAGAUCAAGAAGACGACCAAGAGAUGAGGAAGUUCUUCACCAGAAACUCCGGCGACUCUCAGCAGCCCUCGCCGGAGCCUCCUUCGCCGUCGUUCUCCUCCGUCUCUUCCACCGGUCCGGCGAGGCCGAUCCGCCUCGUGUACUGCGAUGAGAAAGGGAAGUUCCGAAUGGAUCCGGAGGCCGUCGCGACUCUUCAGCUCGUCAAGGAGCCCGUCGGCGUCGUCUCCGUCUGCGGCCGCGCUCGCCAAGGCAAGAGCUUCAUAUUGAAUCAGCUUCUUGGAAAGAGCAGUGGAUUUCAAGUUGCCUCAACUCAUCGACCUUGUACAAAAGGGCUUUGGUUGUGGAGUGCACCCAUAAAGAGAAUUGCCCUUGAUGGAACUGAAUACAACCUUUUACUGUUAGAUAGCGAAGGAAUUGAUGCUUAUGAUCAAACGGGGACAUACAGCACGCAGAUUUUCUCCUUAGCUGUUCUCUUAUCAAGCAUGUUCAUAUACAAUCAGAUGGGUGGUAUUGAUGAAACAGCGCUUGAUCGCCUCUCUCUUGUUACUGAAAUGACUAAACAUAUUCGUGUUAGAGCCUCUGGAGGAAGGAGUACUGCUUCUGAGCUUGGGCAAUUCUCCCCAAUUUUUGUCUGGCUUUUAAGGGACUUCUAUUUAGACUUGGCGGAGGAUAAUAGGAAAAUAACUCCCCGUGACUACUUAGAGCUAGCUUUGAGGCCAGUUCAAGGUAGUGGAAGGGAUAUAGCUUCAAAAAAUGAGAUUCGUGAGUCCAUUCGUGCCCUUUUCCCGGAUAGAGAAUGCUUCACCCUUGUGCGGCCUUUGAGCAACGAAAAUGAACUCCAGCGGCUUGACCAAAUUCCUAUGGACAAAUUAAGAUCAGAAUUUAGAUCUGGUCUGGAUGCUUUGACAAAGUUUGUUUUUGAGAGGACUAGGCCCAAGCAACUUGGGGCAACAGUAAUGACAGGACCCAUUCUUGCUCGUAUCACUCAAUCUUUUCUCGAUGCAAUUAAUAAUGGUGCAGUGCCUACAAUAACUUCCUCAUGGCAGAGUGUUGAAGAAGCAGAGUGUCAAAGAGCUUAUGAUUUAGCAACUGAAGUUUAUAUGUCUGGUUUUGACCGUUCAAAGCCCCCUGAGGAAGCUGCACUAAGGGAAGCACACGAAGAAGCAUUUAAAAAAUCGAUGUCUGCAUUUAAUGGUAGUGCUGUAGGGUCUGGUUCAACAAGGCAGAAAUAUGAAAAGCGUCUCCAGAACUUCUUAAGGAAGGCAUUUGAGGACUUCAAAAGGGAUGCUUUUAGAGAGGCAUACUUACAAUGUUCAAAUGCUAUACAGAACAUGGAAAAGGAACUAAGAACAGCUUGUCAUGCUCCUGAUGCAAAAAUAGAUAAUGUUCUUAAGGUUCUUGAUGAUCUUGUGGCCAAGUAUGAAGCAUCGUCACAUGGUCCAGAAAAAUGGCAGAAACUGACUGCAUUUUUAAGGCAGAGUUUGGAAGGUACAGUUGCUGAUCUCAUUAAGAAGCAAAUAGAUCGAGUUGGAUCAGAGAAGAGCUCCCUCAUGUUGAAAUGCCGCUCAAUUGAAGAUAAGAUGGGGUUGCUCAACAAGCAAUUGGAAGCUAGUGAAAAGUAUAAAUCUGAAUAUUUGAAGCGUUAUGAGGAUGCUAUAAAUGACAAGAAGAAGCUUGCUGAUGAUUAUAUGAGUCGGAUUACGAACUUGCAGAGCAAAUGUAGCUCACUGGAAGAGAGGUGUUCUAGCUUAUCGAAAACAUUAGAUUCUGCCAGGUUGGAGUCCACAGAUUGGAAAAGAAAAUAUGAACAGGCUCUAUCAAAACAGAAGGCUGAAGAAGGUCAGGCAAGCUCAGAAAUAGCGAUUCUCAAGUCGAAGAGCAGUGCUGCAGAGGCAAGGUUGGCUGCUGCAAGGGAACAAGCUCAGUCUGCUCAAGAGGAUGCAGAGGAGUGGAAACGGAAGUAUGACAUUGCUGUUAGAGAAGCAAAAGCUGCUCUAGAGAAGGCAGCAGUUGUUCAAGAACGGUCAAAUAAGCAAACACAGCUGAGGGAAGAUGCUUUGAGAGAAGAAUUUUCUGUUAGCUUGGCUGAGAAGGAAGAGGAAAUAAAGGAUAAGGCUGCAAAGAUUGAAUAUGCGGAGCAGCGCUUGACUACUUUUAGUUUGGAAUUGAAGGCUGCUGAGUCAAAGAUAAGGAAUUAUGAUUUAGAAAUUUCAAAGGUGAAGCAUGAAAUUAAGGAGUUGGGCGAAAAGUUAGAAACUGCAAAUGCAACAGCUCAAUCAUUUGAAAGACAAACUAAGAUGUUGGAACAAGAAAAAUUAUAUUUGGAGCAAAAAUACCAAUCUGAGUUCGACAGGUUUGAGGAAGUUCAAGACAGGUGUAAAACUGCUGAGAGAGAAGCGAAAAGAGCUACUGAGUUAGCUGAUAAAGCGCGGGCCGAGGCAGCCACUGCUCAAAAGGAAAAGAGUGAGAUUCAGCGAAUAGCAAUGGAAAGGUUGACCCAAAUUGAGAGGGCCGAGAGGCACAUUGAAAGUUUACAGAGGCAGAAAGCUGACCUGUCUAAUGAAGCUGAGAGGUACCGUGUCGCUGAAAUGGAUGCGGUUUCCAAAGUUGCAAUGCUGGAGGCAAGGGUUGAAGAAAGGGAGAGAGAAAUCGAAACGCUUUUAAAAUCCAACAAUGAACAGAGGGCUACAACGGUUCAAGUCCUUGAGAGUCUGUUAGAGACCGAGCGUGCAGCACGUGCAGAAGCAACCAACAGGGCCGAAGCGCUCUCGGUAAAGUUGCAAGCCACACAAGGAAAACUUGAUGCACUCCAGCAAAAGAUGACAGAAGUUCGUCUAAACGAAACAGCAUUGGAUAAUAAGCUGAAAACUCAAUCUCAUGGAAAACGGGUAAGAGCAGAUGGAUAUGAAAUGGGUGUCGACUCUGUUCAGGAUAUGGAUAUCAAUGAGAAAGGAGUGAGAGGAAAUAAGAGGUCAAGAAGUACAACCAGCCCGUUAAAGACAACGCAGCCAGAAGAUGGAGGUUCAGUGUUCAAGGGUGAUGAUGAGAAUCACAGCCAGCAAACCGAUUCAGAUGAUUAUACGAGGUUCACUGUUCAGAGACUCAAGCAGGAACUCACAAAGCAUAAUUUUGGUGCUGAGCUGCUUCAAUUGAAGAAUCCCAACAAGAAAGAUAUCGUUUCGCUUUACGAGAAACACGUUCUCCCGAAGUUGUAAUAAAUGAAAUUGUUGGCUAUCUUAGGAAGUUUGGUUCAAUGUAUUGAUUUGAUAGAGAACUGGGUUAUGAACUUAGAGUAACGAAACACGAUGGUGGGUUGUUUUUCUGAAACAUCAUCAGCAUUAGUACAGAGCUUUUACUUCUGUUUUUGGUGUAAUUAGAAAGGUUUUUCUUCGUAUUUCUUGUUUGUGUGGAAUGUUAAUUUUGUAGUUAUUUUUGGUGAAAUAUUUUUAUAUAAUUUGUGUGAUUAUUACUAUGUUUAAGUAACCACAACAGCAUAUAUUGCAUGUGGCUGUUAACACUUGUCUGUGCUUAGGGUUUUGUGAUGUUGAGGUGGGAAAUUUCUAUGAGAUCUGUAAUGUAAGUUAUGAAUAAUAGUGCGGAGUCUGAUAUUCUA